GACGAAACUGCCUGGGAACUUGUUACCAUGGGAAUUGGCAGAGAUUUAGUCGUGUUGAUUUAACUUCUAAUUUCUGAUAUUUAUAACCUUCGGUACUAUCCACGCCAUCUUGUCUUUCUUGCCCAUUGCAUCCGUUCAUCGGAUUCAUCCUUACUAAUUGUAACAAAAGUUGCUCCUCUGAGCAGCAAAGAAGUAGCAAUGGGGGAGGUUGGUGCUGAAUCUGCAGGCAUGAUCUACACCCAAGAUGGCACGGUGGACAUCAAGGGCAACCGUGCCGUCAAGAGCAACACCGGCAACUGGCGCGCCUGCCCCUACAUCCUCGCGAACGAGUGUUGCGAGCGGCUGGCGUACUACGGCAUGAGCGCCAACCUGGGCAACUUCAUGCUGGACAACAUGGGCAUGAACAACACCACCGCCGCCAACAGCGUCACCAACUGGGGCGGCACCUGCUACGCCACCACCCUCAUCGGCGCCUUCCUCGCCGACGCCUACCUCGGCCGCUUCUGGACCAUCGCCUCCUUCGUCACCAUCUACAUCAUCGGCCUCGGGCUCCUCACGGUUGCGGCCUCGGUGAAGGCGCUGGUACCGACGUGCGCGGCCAAGGGGGUGUGCGACCCGACGGCGGGGCAGACGGCCGCGGUGUUCGUGGGCCUGUACCUCGUCGCCCUGGGCACGGGCGGCAUCAAGCCCUGCGUGUCCUCCUUCGGGGCCGACCAGUUCGACGAGAACGACGACGGCGAGCGCCGGAGCAAGAGCUCCUUCUUCAACUGGUUCUACCUGUCCAUCAACAUCGGCGCGCUCGUGGCGUCGUCCGUGAUGGUGUACGUGCAGGAGCACUACGGCUGGGGCUGGGGCUUCGGCAUCCCCGCCGUCGUCAUGGCCAUUGCCGUCGGCAGCUUCUUCGUCGGCACGCCGCUCUACCGCCACCAGCGCCCUGGCGGGAGCCCGCUCACCCGCAUCGCGCAGGUGCUCGUCGCGGCCACGUACAAGCUGAGCGUCCCCGACGACGGGUCGGCGCUGUACGAGACCAUGGACAAGGAGUCCGGCAUCAAGGGCAGCCGCAAGCUGGAGCACACCGAGCAGUUCAGGUUCCUCGACAAGGCGGCCGUGGAGACGCAAGCGGACAAAUCAUCGGUGUCACCGGCGUCGCCGUGGCGGCUGUGCACGGUGACGCAGGUGGAGGAGCUCAAGAGCGUGGUGCGGCUGCUGCCCAUCUGGGCGAGCGGCAUCGUCUUCGCCGCCGUGUACGGCCAGAUGAGUACCAUGUUCGUGUUCCAGGGGAACACCCUCGACAAGCGCAUGGGCGCCCACUUCUCCAUCCCCUCUGCCUCGCUCUCCGUCUUCGACACCCUCAGCGUCAUCGCCUGGGUGCCCGUCUACGACCGCCUCCUCGUCCCGGUCGUCCGCUCGUUCACCGGCCACCCCCGCGGCUUCACGCAGCUCCAGCGCAUGGGUGUCGGCCUUGUCGUCUCAAUCUUCUCCAUGGUCGCCGCCGGCGUGCUCGAGCUCGUCCGCCUCCGCACGGUCGCGCGGCACGGGCUCUACGGGGAGGACGACAUCGUGCCCAUCUCCAUCUUCUGGCAGGUGCCGCAGUACUUCAUCAUCGGCGCCGCCGAGGUGUUCGUCUUCGUGGGGCAGCUCGAUUUCUUCUACGACCAGGCGCCGGACGCCAUGAGGAGUAUGUGCACGGCGCUGUCGCUCACGGCGAUAGCGCUGGGGGGCUACGUGAGCACGCUGCUGGUGACGGUGGUGGCCAAGGUGACGACGAGAGGUGGAAAGGAAGGGUGGAUCCCGGCCAAGAACCUCAACGUCGGCCACCUCGACUACUUCUUCUGGCUGAUGACCGUGCUCAGCGUCGUCAACUUUGCUGUCUACCUACCCAUCGCCAACUGGUACACCUACAAGAAGACCGCCGGAGCCGGAGACGACCAGGACGCCAACGAAGUAGGUGAUGAUUCGACCGCCGGAGCCGGAGACGGUCAGGACGCCAACGAAGUAGAUGAUGAUUCACCUAAAUCAGGAGACAGAAGAAAAUAGAUUGUUGAAAGCAAGAAUUGGUAGUACUUCUCUUGAAAAGAUUUGAUAGAAAAAUGUGUUGAAAUGUCCUUGAAAUAAGAGAUUAGGAAAAAGGAAAUCGUGAAUAUUCA